AUGCACUCCAAGCUUCUCCUCUCGGCCCUCGCCGCCGCCGGCCCUGUCGCCGUCUCCGCCGAGACCGUCCUUGGCGUCUACGUCUUCCACCGCCACGGCGACCGCACCUCCAAGUCCUGGCCGCCCACCAGCCUCACUGCCCUCGGCGCCGACCAGGUCUUUUCCUCGGGCAGCUUCUACCGCUCCCGCUACGUCGACCAGGGCGCCUCCGACAAGGUCUCGGCCCUCUCCGACGGCGCCGCCGUCCUCUCUCAGCUCAGCGUCACAUCCCCCAUCGACGGCGUCCUUCACAACUCGGCCGUCACCUUCCUCCAGGGUCUCUACCCGCCCCGCGGCGACGCUGGUAACGAGACCCUCGCCGACGGCCGCUCCGUCCAGGCCCCGCUCAGCGGCUACCAAGUCAUCCCCGUUAAUGCCGUCUCCGACGCCGCUACCAUUCAACAGGCAGAGAACAACGCCUGGCUCCAGGGCAACACUGGCUGCACCAAUGCCGAGGUCAGCUCCAAGAGGUACCUCAGCUCAGCCGAAUUCAACAAGACCUCGACCGACUCCAAGGACUUCUACCAGGGCCUCUUGCCCGUCAUCAACUCGACCUUUUCUUCCAGCGACGCUACCUUCAAGAAUGCUUACACCAUUUUUGACUAUAUCAAUGUCGCUUCCAUCCACAACCAGACCAUCCCCUCCGGCAGCCUCGUCAAGCCCGCCAUGCCCCGUCUGUUCAAUCUCGCCUCCAUUCACGAGUGGAACCUGGCCUACAACAGCUCCGAGCCCGUCCGCGCUAUUGCUGGCUCCGUCCUGGCCGGCCAGAUCCUCGCGACCCUCGGAGCCCUUGCUACGGGCGCCAAGGGCGCGCCCAAGUUCAACGCCCAGUUCGGCGCCUACGGCACCUUCAUGGCCUUCUUCGGCCUCGCCCAGAUGCCCGCCGCCAGCUCCGACUUUUACGGCAUCUGCGACUACGCCUCCUCCAUGACCUUUGAGCUCGUCACCAACGCCACCGCCGGCACCGACGGCAAGUACAAGGCCGAAGACCUCUCCGUCCGCUUCUUCUUCGCCAACGGCACCGCCACCAACGACACCUUCAAGCAGUGGCCCCUUUUCGCCCAGAAGGAGACCACCCUCUCCUGGCCCGCCUUCCAGGACGGCAUGAACAAGUUUGCCAUCCAGGACAACGCCCACUGGUGCAGCACCUGCGGCAGCACCUCGGGCAAGUGCGCUGCCAACAGCACCUCACCCGACACCCCCGCAACCACCAACUCCUCUGGCUCUGGCGGCAUCUCUCUUCCCGUUGCUGGAGUCAUCGGUGCUCUCGUCACCCUCGCCGUCGUCCUCGGCGUGCAGGCUGCCAUUAUGCUCCUUGGUGGCUUCCGCCUCAUGAAGAAGUCGACUCUCCGUCCCCAGGGCAACGAAGCUGGCGUCAAGGCUUAG